AUGCAUUAUUCAGGAAAAUAUACUGUUGAAGAAGAAACAGUAUUCGUGACUAAGAAGAAUUCUCUGACUCUUCUUACAUUACCUGUUGAACUUGUUUAUCGCAUUCUUGAUCAUCUUGAUAUACCAAUAAUUUUACUUUCGGCUUAUGGCGUUUGCACACGGUUGAAUACCAUAAUUGAUACGUAUCCACGAUAUAAGGUAUGCACUAAAUUAACUCUUCGAUAUAAGAACAUAGUCGAUGAGAACUUAAAAUAUCUAGCUAAUUCAUUAAAAAUGAACACGAGCCUUAAAGAGUUGGAUUUUGCAAAUAAUAAAAUUGGCGACAAUGGAGUAAAAUAUUUAACUGAUGCAUUACAAACUGAUAUGAUACUUGAAGUUUUGAAUCUGUACCGCAACAAAAUCAGUGAUGAAGGAGUAAAAUAUAUUGCUGAUAUAUUAAAAACUAAUACAACACUUACAGAGCUGAAUCUUACAGACAACAAAAUCGGUGAUGAAGGAGCACAAUAUUUAGCUAAUGCUUUAAAAGUCAAUACGACAUUGAAAACUCUUCGUCUCAAUGCAAGCAAAAUUGGCGUUCAAGGGGCGCAAUGCCUGGCGAAUACAUUAGAAAUUAAUACAACAUUGAAAGUCCUCUCCCUCAAUGAAAACGAAAUGGGUGCUCAAGGAGCACAAUAUAUAGCGAAGGCAUUAAAAACUAAUACAACACUUAUAGAGCUACAUCUUGGAUGGGCUAAAAUAGGUCAGCAAGGAGCACAAUAUUUCGCUGAUACAUUGAAUAUUAACACGACACUUAUAGAACUGGAUCUUGGAGGAAACGACAUCACGGAUCGAGGAGCACUUUUUUUAGGUAAUGCAUUACAAAUCAAUACGACAUUGAAAAUAUUAGCUGUUGACAUGAAUAAACUUAGUGCACGAGCAAAAAGUUAUCUUGAUCAACUAUCAAAAACUAUUCCAAGAAAAAUUUUUUUCCAUGACCAUGGCGAUCAUUCGUUUAUUGAUAAAUCAACAUCGUCUAUGUGGAAUAAAGACUGGAACUGCACUAAAGAUGAUUCUACUAAAUGUUGGCUUUGA